UCAGGCAUGGCCAAGCCAAACGACCGGUAUAUGCCUUAUGCAAUUGCUCGCGGUUUAUCGGCUCCACUCGUGGCUUUCAGUCGGCCAAGUUAUUAUCGCAAAUUGUAUACGUAGGUAGAUGCAUGCGUGUGCCUCUUGACCGUGGGUCACUCUGACGUAAAGCCGCAAUCCUAACGAACUACUUGGCUUCCUCGAUAAAACGAGUACGCGUUAGGAUUCUAGGGAGGAUUUCCGCCCGGAGGGAUCGCAGUGCGUGAGUGAAUGCAGUCACGUAUGUGAAUGGGUCGGCACGAGUGUACGUCGUGUAGUGAUUACGCAAUGUGAGAAGAUGAUUUAACGUAGAGGAAUCUUACGUGGCCCAAUUUCAUCUCGUCGAGCUUAUUCGUGCUUGAAGCAUAGUGGAUAAUAGAGUGUACGCCGUACGGAGGUACGCGUGACGCGGAUAGUCGAAGUUUUGGAUAUUACGGAUAGUACGGACGAUAAGCCCAAUUUCUAUUUAUCGUUCUAUCUGGGUCAUAAUUGAGCAGUGUAAUUAAAGAUAAGAUAAGGGAGGAUUUAUAUGGUUGGAUUUGGGUUCGAUUAUAUACGUUCUUAUCUGCAUGCCUGUGGCAAAGCUCGGAUAUUUUUCUUAUUUCUCUUUCUAGUAACUUUUCGUGAUUCUGUAUAAGCUACAGUUCUUGCGUAGGAAAUCCCACAGGAUUCUCACUGCUAGGAUAAUUCCAUAGGCGUCUGGAGCUUGCAUGACUUUACUUCAAGAUCAAAGCUCGAGUUUCGAUCAGAUCCAAAUUCUUAUUAGGUUUUUAGGUUUCGAGUGCAUUUUUCGAAAUUUUCUCUUUCAUCGAAAUGGUAACUCCGCGAGGAUACAGAUAUUGGCUGUAGUAAGAAAUGUGAGAAUUUUAAUGAAAAAGAAAUGUACGUUCGUUCAAACCAGUUGGUACUGAAAAUUGAAAGUAAAUCAAGAGAAGUUUAAAAAAUUUGACACGAACUUAUCGCUCUUACUGAUUGGAACGUUGGAAUAAUUGGAAAAGAACCGAUAAUACAAUUUUCCGAUCGAUAUCAAUAAAUUGCCGAAUCGAAUGGUACGACAAAUGACGUAUGAUGGAUUUUGUUUGAUAACGAGGAAAGAGAGGAGUAUAAGAAUAUAACGUAAAAAGUUGGUCAUAGGGGUGGAUGACGAGAGAAAUUUUGAAAAAAAAAAAGAACAAAACACUACCCCGUAGUAGUACCCCGCAAUCUGAUUCCGCUAUCGUAUAAACGCAAGUUGCGCCACAGCAGAUUGAUUCAGUCAUGUCUCUGAUUUCCUACGGACAGGCUAAUUCUCGUAUGCCUGAUUCACGGUGGAAUUCAUUUUGAUCAGGCAUAAACACAUUCUGCUUUGCUCUUUCGUAAAACGAAGAUGACCUCCAUCUCGAAUACUGACCCGACGAGUCUCGACGUCGUCAAGGCCAGGAGGUUAAAUCAGCAUGUUGGCGCAAUCAUAGCAUCGCUCGGUGGAUUUGCUUUUGGCGCAACGCUAGGCUGGAAUUCAAGCGCUAGCGACACUAUGAGAAAUAUACUCAACGCUACUGGUACCGAGAUUGGAUUAAUCGGAGCAUUAAUUAAUGCAGGUGCAUUUCUGGGUGCAUUGAUUGUACCUUGGUUACUUUUAUACGUAAGUCGUACCGGCGCGAUGUAUGGUACUAUUCCAUCUUUAAUAAUCGGCUGGACGUUCAUAUGUUGCGCCGGCCAAAAGGUUUGGCUUCUCAUGGUCGGACGCACAAUCUGCGGUUGUGCCGGUGGCGUCUUUUGCGUUAUCACGCCCAUAUACAUAGCCGAGAUCGCUGAAAAAGAUAUUCGCGACAGGCUGCUUACGUUUUUUCAACUUUUACUAAAUUGCGGAAUCAUGUACUCGUACGUCAUUGCUCACGUAAUAAACGAGAACAGUACGAUAUGGAAAUACAGUUUAUCCUGUGCCGGAUCAUGCGCCCUGAUAGCGUUAGUCAAUCUAAUACCAGAGAGUCCCCUAUACCAUCUUGGUAAUAACAAUGAAAACAGUGCUAGAGUAGCCAUGCAGUGGUAUCGCGGCGAUCAUUACAAUUACGAAUUGGAAAUGGAGGAAUGGAGACGUCUAGCGAUUAUUGACCAAUCAGAAAAAAAAUUUACCUGCAGAUUCUUCAGCAACAGGAAGGUACUCCGUUCCUUCUUAGCCUGCUUUGCCGUCAUAGUUACUCAACAGCUAAGCGGCAUAAACACGAUGAUAUUUUAUGCUCUGACACUGUUCAGUGUCGGUGGUUCCGGUGAGUUGACGGCGAGUGAACAGUGCUUAGUGGUGGGAGCGAUGCAGAUAGCAUCCUGUUUCCUGGCAAGCCUGUUGAUCGGUACAGUCGGUCGAAGGACACUCUUAAUAGCAUCGGCCUUUCUCAUGGGACUGUGUCUCAUACUGCUUGGUUGGUUCUUCAAGGUCCGCGAGCAGGAUCCUGAGUACGACGACGUUUACUCCUGGAUGCCACCAGCCUGGUUUACGCUCUUCUUCGCUUCCUACAACCUCGGCGUAGGUCCUGUCUCUUGGGCCAUCUUGGGCGACAACUUCCCAAUGGAAGUAAGACUUAAGGCAGCUUCGGCCGCGGCUGCCUUCAGCUGGCUCGUGUCGCUGAUCGCGACCAUGACUUUUGGCGAGAUGCUGGAUGCCCUCGGUAUCCCGAAGACCAUGUGGGUCUUUGCGGCCUUUUGCUGGGUCGGAGCCAUCUUUUGUGGGAUUAUCGUCACCGAGAACAACGGAAAGAGUCUGGCUGACAUCCAAACAGAUUUUGGAAUAGACGCGGAACCAGAGCCAGCUACUCAAGUGCCGGUUGUAUCCGUCAGAGAAGAAACUUGACGCGAUAGUUUUUUUAAGGGGAAGAAAAUUUAUUAUCCUUACUGAUGAUCGCUCGAGAUGAAAUCGAGUACGUGAGUUUUUUAUCCCGAUGAAGGACCCUUUCCUCAUUUUCUCCUUUGUUAGUCAGUUAGUCUCCUCAGUUAGCUGCAGUUUUGUGUUCGCCCGGAAAUUGAAAACCCAAUAGAAUUUUUAUGGUGGUUCUAUGGUAUCGUUUAUAAAAAUGGCUUGUCCCUUA